AUGGCCGGGCUGUAUUGGCCCAUUGUGCAGGGCAGAGGGCAGAGGGCGCGCUGCUCUGGCCUCGACCACAGUGAGCAAGGCAGUGUGCGGGGAGACGUCAAUGGCACUCUGCGGGUGAAUUGGCUGCCUGGCUGCCUGGCUGCCUUAGCACAGGCAGGCAGGGCAGCCACAGAGGGCAGGCAGAGGCGCGCGGUGCCGAGAGGAACCGGCUUCGGGGCAGUCGCAGGUGUCGCAGGCGUCGCAGGCGUGGCGACUGGCAAUCGCGAUGGCCCCCGGCAUCGUCGAUCGCCCUCUCCCGCUACGUCACCCGCCGCACAGACACCCAAUCAUGCCCCGGCCCGGUGCAAACAGCACCAAGUCCCCCUGCUAUCGCUUUCGCAAGUUCCGCAUGUUACCAAACCCCCCAAUUGUCCAAUUCCCAUAUCAGUCCCUCGCCCCGGCUCCGUCGCCUUUUGGCUGUACCCUUUGUCUACUCCCUGCCCCUCCGACUCCCCCACAGCCUGCUCUGCCGACAUCAUCGCCACGGCCUUUUCUCCCGAGCCUGUCCUUGCCUGCUCCUUCCAUAACCAGCACCAAUUGCCCUUCGCCAUGACGGAGAUCCAGCAGCCCCAUCUUGACUGGGCUGGCGAUGCCUUCACUGCCCUCCAUCCACCAGGCAUGAGCAAUCAACACCAUGACAAGUGGUCCACGGCCUUUAGCAACACUGCUACAAUGCCCACACAAGCCUUCUCCAUUCCUCCUUCCCUCCUCACUCACGCUGCCCUGGAGCGGUAUGGCCAAGUCACUCCACCCGAGGAAUACUCUCCCACUCACCCUCUUCGCCAUGACCGCGAAAGUUCCAUCCCUGUCGAGCAGCUUCGUAAUGAGACGACGCCUUGGCCCAAAAAGGAACCCGCCUCACUGCAAAUGACCCCGCCAGAAGAGCCUUCACCAAAGCGACGUCGUACCACCAGGCAGACGCUUACCAAUCAGGAUGCUGCAAUGCUGCCAAGUGCACCUGUACCACCUCAGCAAGAAACCGUUGAAGCCAACCCGCAGCCACCCAAGCGCAAGCGGGGUAGGCCCAAAUCUCAGCCCCAAAUGGUCGAGGCCUACACCGCUGACGGCUAUCCCUUCCAAGUCUCAUCGGCUCGCCAGAAUCAUCUCGAGAAGAACCGCGUCGCUGCACACAAGUGCAGGCAGCGCAAAAAGGAGUACAUCAACAGUCUCGAAGGCCGAGCCCGAGAAUUCUCCGCAAAGAACAAGAUGCUCAAGGAAAACGUUGCCCUGCUCCGCGAAGAGGUCCUCAGUCUCAAGAAUGAAGUCUUGCGUCACGCCGGCUGUGGCUUCUGGGCUGUUGACGAAUACCUCGCCCGAUGUGCUGGUGGCCUUCUUGGUAUGGAAGUUCCUGCGUCAGAGAUGCGCCACUCAAUAUCACAUCCCAAGAGCCCCCACCAAAGCCCCGCUAUUUCCGUCUCCCACCUCACUGGCCAGCAUACCCGUGAGCGCAGUAUGACCUCGAUGACUUCAGCAGAUACCGACGAUCUCGGUGGGCUCGAGCUACUCAAGGACUUUACCGACGAGGACAUGGAUGAUAUGGGAAUGUAGAAAGCCAGCUCAGCUGCCCUUGCUAUCAAGACCCUUCUACAUCUGGCGCAAUACCGUUGCGUCCGCUUUGGACCCGCUUUCUGGUACGCGAGCACGUCAGCGAUUGUCGCCGCUUCUACUUCUCUUUCCACAAUUCUUACGAUACCCCGGGUUUUUGCCGUGCUUUGAGCAAUCAAAAAAGCUGUAUUAUUUUUCUUGUCUUUGUUGAUCCUUCUACAUAUGCCCCGCAUGAUUGGCCACGGCUGGAGACUCCGGCGGACAGCACCGAUGACUGACGAACUGGCGUUUGAGCCAUGGCUGCGAAAAAGGCGUUUGACUAAUGCAUAUCCGACUGUAUGAUUAGCAUACAUACAUACAAACCUCCCAAAAAAAGAGCUAUUGAUGACGAUCAUCGCUCUUUUCUUUAGAUAGUCACAAUGGCAUAUAUGUUACAUGCACAUACGCAAU